UGACUGAGGUUCAGUGCUGGAAUAUUGAUUUCUGUUCAUGGCCGAUGUGCGGGGCUUUUCAGCGGAGUUCUGCUGAGGAACCGUGUUUCAGUUCAGAAAAUGUCGCUGUGGCGCUGCGUAGUCGACAAACAAAAGGUUAGCCAUGAUGCUAAUGCUAAUGGCGACAGUGUUUGUGGCGUUGCUAAGAGUAAACGCGCUCUGCUGGGAGUUGAAGACUUUGUGAAGACAAGUCGGUUUCGUCCAAAAGCUUCAACAAAGGACCGCAUAUUCCAACGCACUCCAGACUCCACUACAAGUGAUAUUAGAACAAAGUCACCAGUCGUGAUGAAGGAUGUUCCAUUAUCCCCUGUUUGCGGUUCUCCUUGCUGUUGCCAAGCUUCAGGUUCAUCUCUGGCUCAGUUAGAGAGUUCGCAGCUUGUGCAGCUGCUCUCUCAAAGUCCCUGCCUUGGGAAUAUGGCGCUCAAACUCAUCCACAGCCCUAACAAAGCAAUCAUCACUGUGGAUCGCACUACAACACAGGUGGUGGACGUGAACAAGCAAGCCUGCAAGCUCUUGGAGUACACGCGCAGUGAGCUGAUUGGGCAAGCACUGACCUUCCUCCUGAAGACCAGUCAGAUGACUGAGGAUGUCUUGGGAGAGGAAAGCCUAGAUUCUGCAGGCAACGUAAUCACCAUAUCAGGAAAAGUGGUAAAUGCAGUGAGUAAACCAGGCUUGGAGUUCCCGGUGUCUGUGUGGACACGCUCCCAUAAUCACAGAACCUGCGUACUGCUUUUGGAGAGAGUGGAAAGGAUAUCGGCCCACUUCUCCUUUUCUGAAGAGGGUGGGAUUCUCAGCUGUGACUCCACCUUUGCUCAUCUCUGUGGUUACUGUGAUGCUGUGGAGCUGAUGGGGACUUCGGUCACAUCUCUGAUGCCAACACUUCAUGUUCCGCUGCAGUGUCGGGCCAUACCAAAGAUGAUGCGUGUGCAGAGGGUACGUAUACAGGGCAGGAGUAAUGCAGAGCUGCGUGUAUGUGUGCGACUGUGCACUGCUGUAUCCUGUGGGAGGCCUUCGAGCAAGAUGGGCAAAAUCCUACAUACUGAACCCAGUGAAAAUUCACGUGCAGUACUUGAUGCAGGAGCAGUUGUGAAAGAUGGUGCUUGUGAACGCAUGUGCUUACCCCUCCCAGAUGUGGUUUAUUCUGGGUCACUAUGGACUUUUGUUCCCUCCAGCAGCCUUCUGACACUCCACCCCAAUGGCACCAUUAACAGUAUCAACAGCGUUUACUGUCCCUUGUUGACAGGAUAUCGCAUGACUGAGCUUCUUGGCAAGAAGAUCACCUUCAUGAUUCCAGCCUUUUACGAGAUGGGUGCGUUUGAUAGAAGCCCCAGUCCUUUAUCUUUUCAAGGAGUUGGCUCAGCAUCUAGUUCUUCCAGUAGCAACACAGACUUGUGCACAUGCUUUAAUGGAAGUGGAGGUGGUGUUUUAAGGCCAUCUGCUUGUGCUACUUCAGCAAAGGAAGACACGUGCAGUCCCAAGACGGUGCUGGCCAAAGACAGUAUGUUGUUCACAGCCCUGAAGAGGAAAGGAGGUGCUGCAAAAGGGAGACGAGCCUUCACUGCAGUUGGGGCUAAGCAAGAGCAUCAGGUCCCUUCUGCCGUUCCAGUUCCUGGAACCUCCCCCAUGACAGCAAACAGUUUGGAGGACACGACCGAGCUAUGCAAGGAGGCAGCUGCAGUACUAGCUCAGUGUGAAGAGUCUCUUCUAGCUGAUUCCACCACAGCUCUAUUGCAGACCUUUGCUUUGCUUGAGUCCCAGGAUUGCUCAACCCAACUCCAGAACUCCAGCUUUGAGGUGAUCUCCCUUGGCAGUCGCUCAUCCUCAGGAUUCUGUGAAAACUGGGCGGACCCUGAGAAGCCAGAUGACGCACAACUGGAAGUAGCAGAUUCAAGCAGCUGCUUCCUAGACUUGGAUGCUAAUGGUGACGUAAUUGCACUUGCCAUCGGAGAGCUGGAGCUGAGCGAGUCUGACACAGCUGAGCUCCUGUACACGCCGUCACCUUGCAUUGUGGAGUCUGAAACCGAGUGCCCCGACCUCCCAAAACUUGCUGAACAGGAACGUCUCGGUGUGCAGGCCAGUCCUUCACUGACUGUGUUAUCGCUUUUAGAAGGAAAUCCAGAACAGUGGGACACAGAGUUGAGAAAUUCAGAACCGUGUAAUCCUUUCUCAGAGCUCUGUAAAAGUGGGCUGCUAUUAUCAAGUGACAGACCAGCAACCUCCACCCCAAAGAAGCCACUGUCCAGCCCUGCUCCAUCGCUCCCUCUACUCACCCUGAUCCAGGAGGGCAGGUUUCGGGCCAACUGCUACCACAGAGAUGGAACACCCAUUGAGGUGCAGUGUGAUGUACGCCGAAUUACACUCUCUAGUGGAGGUGCCUUGUUCUGUGUGUGGCUGAGUGGAAAUCAUUUUUUCCUCCACCAGCAGGAGACACUGCAGAGCACACAGGCCUCCACGGCAGAGUCUUCUGUUGAGGAUGGCUUGGCUUCCAGCCUGCGAGAGGUGAUCAGUGAACCAGAGCAUGGUAAGGGUCUGCGCUCCUCCAUGAGCCUGGAGCAGACUGGCGCAUGUGAAGGGCAGUUUGAGGAAGACUACCAACCAUUGCGGCCCAUCGGGAAGGGAGGCUUUGGUGUCGUCUGGCUUGCCUCACGACGUCUCGAUGAACAGGAGGUGGUCGUGAAGUUUAUCAGGAAGAGCCGGGUGGUGGAGGAGUGCUGGGUGGAGGACCCUGAGCUGGGUCAGGUCACUCAGGAAGUGGCCAUACUUGCCCGAUUGUGCCACCCUAACAUUGUCAAGGUGCUGGAGGUGUUUGAGAAUGAGAAGUUCUUCCAGAUGGUGAUGGAGAAACAUGGAAAUGGCCUUGACUUGUUUGAGUUCAUAGACAUGCAUCCCAGGCUGGAUGAACCACUUGCCAGCUACAUCUUCAGGCAGUUGGUGUCAGCAGUGACUUACCUUCAUGGGAAAGGCAUAUUGCACAGGGACAUUAAAGAUGAGAACAUCAUCAUAGACACAGAGUUUCAUAUCAGACUGAUUGACUUUGGUUCUGCGACCCUGUUGGAGCCAGGCACGCUGUUUCACGUGUUCUGCGGCACACUGGAGUAUUGCUCACCUGAGGUGCUGCAAGGAAGCCCGUACAAAGGACCGGAACUGGAGAUGUGGUCUCUGGGAGUACUUGUAUACACCCUGCUGUUCAGUGAAAACCCUUUUUGUAGUGUUGAAGAGACCAUCCAAGCCAAACUCAACAUCCCCUUCGAGAUCUCUACAGAGUUGUACACUGUGCUGGCUGGUUUGCUGCACAGAGACCCAACUAAGAGAAUGACACUGGAGCAGCUCCUGCAGGAACCAUGGAUCCGGCAGCCCAUUAACCUGGCAGAGUACAGCUGGAGUGAAGUGUUCCCCUGUAAUCAUGAUUCUUCCAUGCAGAAUCUCUGCAGUUCAGAUGUGCAGCAGGAGGCCAGCACUGAUGAGACACCCCUGCAGGAUGAAGCGGAGGAAGAAGAGGAUGAAGAACAAAGGAGAACCAUGGCAGCAUUGGAGUCUGAACUCCUCAAGUAUCUAACUGAUGACUGAAGAUGGAGACCGCUUGGGUUAAAAUUCCAAAAAAAACAGGAUGGGAGGGUUGCACUGUGCUACUUUCAAGGAUGGUUAGAGACUCAGUCAAGAUCCAAGAUGUUCUUGGAUCCAUCAAAAUGCACAAGUCUCUGUUAACACCAAGUCAUGUUUGAGAUGAAUGGCAGAGAUGAGACGACCCAUGCUGCGCAAAAAAAAAAAAAUCUGUAUUUGGCAUUAACAUAAUCACAGGUUAGAGGGGAUGGAUGGAUGGAUUGUUCCACUUUUAGCUUCAUACUGAAGAAAAUGAACCGCCUUGAAUUGUGUGGUUUUAAAAGAAGCAGUUGUGUAAACAACUCGUUUUUAAAUGUAUUUUUAAAGCUAAAUUAUUUUCAUUUUAAAUGCAAGUUAAUAAAAUUGUCUUACGUU